AUGAAGUACAUCCAAAUCCUCACCUUCUCAGUCCUCGCCCUUGCGGCGGGCGUCACCCAAGCGCAGAACUCGACCUCGCCCGCGGACAAGACAACGAGCAACAGCAACCCACGGAUCACAACAACGACAACAACCAUCGACUGCGACGCGGCCUGGAACUCGCUGGAGCGCGACCUGCCAACGCCGCCGUCAGACAUCUCAAGCGCCUGGGCCGCGGCGCACACGACGACGGCCGGGCAGUACCGGUUCUUCACGGCGCUGGGCGAGAUCUGCGGCUUCGGGCAGACGGCGGUGCCGGCCGGCCAGCAGGCGGGCUACUCGGCCUUCAACCGGGCCUACUACUCGUGGUACUCGGCGUCGCGGUCGCCCUGGGCGGCCCUGGUCACGCACUGCCCCAGCACGGCCGCCUACGGGUCGGUCGACGAGCAGACGAGCGAGCUCGGCGCCGUGCUGACGGCCUACUCGAGCUUCGCGGCCCAGGGGUGUGGUGGCAGCGGCGGCGCCACCGGUGGUGCUGCGGCCUCGGCCUCGGCCACGGCUACAGCUGCCGCCACGGGGGUCUCGGCGUCCGAAUACCUGAGUGCUUCGGCGACGGCGGGGAGCGCCACGGCUCGGAAUGUUGCGCCGAGGGAGACGAUGGCUGGAGCGGCUGCAGCUGCCAUUAUUGGCCUCGGAGGAGUUCUUAUAGCUCUGUAA